CCGCGCCCAUGAUGUUGUCAACGUGAGCUCGCGCAGAGUCCACUCAGGAGUCAACAGUGCCGAAAUCCGCGUUGACUGCUGUAGCAACUAGCUAUCGCGAUGGCUCCCAAGGGCAAAGAAAAGAGAAAAGAAAACAAGCGACAGAGAUGGAAGUCUCUGGAUGCCGAAACGAAGCAGCCCACGCAGGAAUCGGAACCUGCUGACUGCGGCGGAGACGCGUCCAAAGCGACGGAAGGCAAAAGUUCGUCUGCCGGAACGUCCGCUCGCGCACCGAUAGAACCAACGUGCGAUCCGCAGUUUAGGAAGAGGGGACUCACCAGCAAUUGGGGCAGGUACGACGAACCGGUCGAAGUCGAAACCGAGUACAACAGGAAGCGCGGCGAGGACUUUGAGCUCCUGCUGAGCGCGUCAGCUGGAGCAAGUGCGCACUUUCGUUUCAAGGAGCAGCAGGACUGGCAAGAUGAACCGGCCGAGCUCAACGAGUUUUUCUCGAUCGACUGCGACAAGAUCGUUGAUGCUCUGCUAACGAUUCCUGUGCACGAGCGCCUCGGCUUGCCCGAGGACAUUUUCCCGGCCCACGUUAUACAGGAGUUUAAGGACGAGGCAGCCGCCUGCACCGAAAGGUACGAAGCGUUUCUCCGUACGGGAAAGCGACAGGACAAGAAAAUGCCAGACGUCGGGGAGUCACUGACGAACACGCUGCAAGCGGCCAUAAUUGCGGCGGCCAAGUCGAAGCCCAAGCCAAAGGACGAAGACGACUUGGAGGAAUUGCUCAACCUGUCCCUCAAGUCCCCUCAGUCAGACGAACCCUCGAGGAAGGACAAGAAAAAGGACGACGAUGAAAGAAGCCUCGAGUUCCUGCUCUCACUUACAGAGGAACGCGCCGAGAAAGAUCUGGUUCCUGCAGCUGAAGAGCCCGCCACUACAACCGUUGCUGAACCGGAGCCCAAAGCAAUGGAGGAACCCGUCAAACCACCGCCUCAACCUCAGAAGCCGACUGUCGACCUAGAAGACUGGUUAGACAGUGUUUUGCAAGACUGAAUGCACACAUUGUACUAUAUAUAUAAAGUGCCUUAUUUCGCAAAAGCAAUCUCUCCAGGCUAGUUUUCGUCAAUCUAUGAAGCCCGCUGCCACAAGUGUUCACAACUCCAGUCGAGCAGGAUGGAAAACUUGGCCAAUCAUCCAUAUUUAGGGUAGAAAGCGUGGGUGUUUGAAAGCACAGUGUGCAUUGAUCAUGAAUUACAUCUUUUUUUAAAUGCAAUGUUGUAAAGUAGAAAAUGGGACGUCUGCUGGCCAGCAUUCAACGAGCACUGGCGUUGCCGCUCAAUGACAAGAAAGCCGACACAACCAACUGGUAAUGACAUAAAAUGAAGUGUCAGUAAUCGUGUCAUGUGAUGAUGCCUUGUGAUAUGGACACAGAAAUAGUGGGGACAUCGCUACUAUUGUAACACCAAGAUGCACUGUGCUUUCACAUUCAGUCUAUGAAAGGAUUCUUAAGCGUGCCUGUAACUUUCUCUUGGGUCUGUCCAUUUUUCGAUAACAUUAUUUUGCCAUUGAGGCUAACAGAAGGGACAUUACUACACUUUAACCUCAAUAUAACUAACCCGGAUAUAACAAAAUAUUCGUUGUAAGAAAGUAAAUGAGAAAUAGUCUUGCCAUAGGAAUAAAUUCAGGAAUAAACCUUUAUAACGAAUUUUUGGAUAGGACGAACUUAUUUUCGUGUAAGAUGUCACUUUUUUUAUAAUGAUGCUUGAGUCUUCAAGACAGAUUCUGUGUUGCUCGAUGCAGCAGCCCUGCCACAAAAUGGAACUGCAUGACCACAUGUCUGUGUAGGAGGGCGUAAAUUGACGAGCUAUUUUACAUGGGCUGCAAGUUCAGAUUCAAUCAUCAGGCGCAGCUUUUCUUUUGGGCGAGGUGCAGAACAAGGCAGUCCUGAGACAUAUCUACCUGCCACAUAGCAAACCAUACUCCUUAUAAAGAAUUUCCCUGGACAGAUUUGUUUCAAGAUUUUAUUGUAAAGCACUAACUAAUGACUUGCAACAAAAGGACAGAGGUAUCUACAAGAAACCCUCUUCAAUGUGCUGCCAACAAGAGUUAAUAAAAGAGGCGAGUCAA